AUGGAGGCUCCCGCGAAGAAGAAGAAGAAGCGAGGCCGCCCUGGCAAGGUCGACCAACCUAAUCCGAACGUUUCGGCAGCCAGUACCUUGAGCAGCAGCCCAGUCUCAAACUCCAGCGCUGCUCCCUCCCACUGGAACGGUGCCACAAGAUCUACUGGUGACGAUCAAACCUUUUCGAACGCACAGCCUUGUCAUCUGACUGCUCCGUCUGUCGCCAACAUCCCUUCACAUCCAUAUCAGUACGCAACCGAAAUUGACACCGACAACGACAACCUCACUGCAAACGACUGGCUUGACAAUGUGUUCGGCCCUAUACAAGAAAGCCCAAAUCCUGACACUAUCUUCCAAGACUCUCACCACGAACAAUUGAUGAAAGCGCUGCUCAAUUACACCGUACAAGACCCAAGCCCCUCUCAAGGUACCAACGAAGAAUGGAACAAGAUGAUGGGCAUCUCUCCAACCUCCGCAAAUCUGGGAACUCCCGACACGCAAAUCUCAAUCGGAGAUCCCUUUCCGACGCUCGAGUCCUCGCCUUCAAGCCUCAUCCCUCGGACUAUCAAUCCCGCCAAUAACCGGACCACAAACUCCGUUACCGCAUCCCAUACAUCACCUGCGACACCAUACUCUGAUUCACCUUCCGUUAAUGCUCUGGAGCAAUCCUGCACUCCGCCCCUAUUCAGGGUACCGAAAGCUUCACUUGCUUGCAAGACUCAUACGCCCGAUUCGGCAAAUAGCGAAGACAUAGCGGACUCGAUGUCUGCUGACGGUGAAUUCAAUGAUUCUGCCCCGGGUUGCGCCGAGCCUCAAUAUGUCAACCAGAAGACCCCGCGACAACGAACCCCGGUUAAACAGCCUCUUGGUAGUCCUUUCACACCUACAACUGCACCAGCAAGACAAGCUACAGCCGCCCUGAUGGACAUUUUUGGCUCUCCCCUUGCGGCUGGCAAUAAACAACUGCCAACACAAAAUAUGUCUCUGUCGUCGCCGGCGACCCGGAAACAGAAUUCGAAGUUCUCUGGAUUGUCCCCAACGUUGAUUCACCCGAGUUAUCAAGCUACCCCUGUCGAGUUCAAAUCACCGCCCAAUCCAGCCACACUGAUGCAGAAAAUGCGUAACAAUACUCUCCUUCAGAACGAAGUGGCACAUCCUCCAGCGAAGCGCGCACGCAUGAGUUCAGUGGGUGCUCAACAGGUCGUCGCAAACAUAGAGCGUGACUGGCAAGUCCAGCAGCAUUUCUACACGCAAAGCCAACAAGGGUCUGGAACAGGCGAUCCUGCGCUGCGUGCGGAUCUGGGGAUCGACGACAUGAAGAACUGGCUCGACAAUUCGCUACCCGACAUUUCGCCUACUCAAUCAUUGACACCCUACAACAAUGAGUACGACUAUCCUAUACCUAUGCCUACUGGAUCGUUCGAUGCGCUCAACCAGGAGCAUGAAGACUACGUCAGUAUUGGGCAAAAGCGCACCGCCUCGCAGAUGAUACGAGGUGGCAUGGACGCGAACCUACAGAGCUUGCCUGGAAGCAUGGGUCAAGAUUACGCAGGAAUUGAGGAUAAUCUUUCAGGACUCUUCGUUCCCCUGAGUCAGCUCCAGACUCCGAUGCUUAUGGAGCACAGAACUCAAAACCAAAUGAAUCGCCAGACGCAGAAGCAAACUGCUUUAUGCAUGCAGGGCCGUCCUCAGAGAUCUGCAGGAAGUCAGUUGAGUGCCUCUCCGCAAGCUCAAUUUCCAACCCAAGGACAACGUGGAGGGCAACAAGAACUUCAAAUCUCAUUGCAGACCCAGAAUCGAGGCCAAAUCUUCCAAUCUUCUCCAAGCCAGCAGAUGGGUAUUUUGCAGCAGCGACGAAGUCAACAAGGCACGCCUCAGAAUCCCAUUGACACCCCACUGCGGAUGCUGAGGUCCACCCCAUCCGUUGCCAGUACAGGCCGGCAGGAAACUCCCACACCUGCACCACGACGCCGCCGCCGCUCAAAUCUUCCCAAGCCAGCUCAAAACAUGGUCAGCAGUUCUCCUCAGACUGCUCACCCUUCUUUGAGAAAGGUCCAGAACACCCUGGGCAAGACACGAGCUCCAGGCCACAACACCCCUGUCGCUACUGCUCAGAAGGGGACAGCUGUGGGCCAUGUCCAGAUGUCAGAUGCGCAGCCUAUGCAGACACCUGGAUAUACUCGCCAGCAGGAUGAUGCUUGGAAUCACGCUUUGAUCGAAAGCAACGCAAUUCAGACACCCACUCCCCUGCAUGCUCAUCUUCCGACGCCUCAGCAGCUUACCUCGACCGGCUCCUGUCCAAAUACUAUCAACGAGACACUUGAAGAGACCAAUCGCCGCACUGGAACUCAGCUUUGCGGUGGAGUUGCUGGCGGCGUAGAUCUCAUCCCCACCUUCAACGCGACUACCGCGGUUGACGAUUUCUUAUCCAGCCACAUGUUCCAGUUGCCUGACAACGUGAAGUUUGGAGAACUUGGCCUCGCUCUGCCAGACAUGGACUUUGGCGAUAUGAUGGGCAUGGACAUGAGUCUGGACUUCAACAUGAACGAAGGUCUAAAUAUGAAUGGGUUCACGGCCACAGCACCACCACCCUUGCCCGCGACGGUGGAUAUGCGGCCGCUACAACCACCCAUGAUCGCCAGCCCGGGCGGUAUUGCAGCUGAGACUUCUCUCGGCCACCUCCUGUUCAACAAUGAUGUUCGCGCUCCCUCGAUCGGUUACGCCGAGACCCUCAUAUCCGACACUGUCACGCCUAGCCCUGCUGCUGUCCCUGUCAACAACACCAAUACCGAUACCAAUAUCAUUGCCCGUACGGAUACCGCUGUGAAUUUCGAAGCAAAUGGCCACUUGUGUAUGCCUGAGAACAGCGUGACCAACGACUCCAAAGCGACGACCGCGCCAAAGAACGAAGCAGGCUCCGCGCAUGCUUGUGCUCUUCCCAAUACCCUGGAUGGAGGUGAAGAUAUCACUGGGGUGGACAUGCCUGGAAUACCGACAGACUUCGACUGGAUUCAGGGCUUCGAUGAGCAUGCGGACUUCAGUGUUGCGGACUGGGGAUUCUAG